GGCAGCCUCUCUCUGGCUCGCGCCGCGCCCCCGCGCCGAGUCCGCGCGUCAGUCGAUCCCGAGAGCUGCUGCGGGGCGGCUGGCUGCCUCCAGCGGAACGCGCCCACCCGGGGAGGCGGCGGUGUCCGUGGGCUUCGCGUGACGAGGCUCGGAGCCCAGAAACUCGCCCGGCGCGAUGGCCCCCAUUGGCCUCAAAGCGGUGGUCGGAGAGAAGAUCAUGCAUGAUGUGAUAAAGAAGGUAAAGAAGAAGGGAGAGUGGAAGGUGCUGGUGGUGGAUCAGCUGAGCAUGCGAAUGCUGUCGUCCUGCUGUAAGAUGACCGACAUCAUGACCGAGGGGAUAACAAUUGUGGAAGACAUCAACAAGCGCCGGGAGCCGCUCCCCAGCCUGGAGGCUGUGUAUCUCAUCACUCCCUCCGAGAAGUCUGUCCACUCUCUCAUCAGUGACUUUAAGGACCCGCCGACCGCCAAGUACCGGGCUGCGCACGUCUUCUUCACGGACUCUUGUCCAGACGCCCUGUUUAACGAGCUGGUGAAAUCUCGAGCAGCCAAAGUCAUCAAAACCCUGACGGAAAUCAACAUUGCGUUUCUCCCAUAUGAAUCCCAGGUGUAUUCCUUGGACUCUGCUGACUCUUUCCAAAGCUUCUACAGUCCCCACAAGGCUCAGAUGAAGAAUCCAAUCCUGGAGCGCCUGGCGGAGCAGAUCGCAACUCUGUGCGCCACCCUGAAGGAGUACCCGGCCGUGCGGUAUCGGGGGGAAUACAAGGACAACGCUUUGCUGGCUCAGCUAAUCCAGGACAAGCUCGACGCCUACAAAGCCGAUGACCCGACCAUGGGGGAGGGCCCAGACAAGGCACGCUCCCAGCUCCUGAUCCUGGACCGCGGUUUUGACCCCAGUUCCCCUGUCCUUCAUGAACUGACUUUUCAGGCUAUGAGUUACGACCUGCUGCCUAUUGAAAAUGAUGUAUACAAGUACGAGACGAGCGGCAUUGGAGAAGCAAGGGUGAAGGAAGUGCUCCUGGAUGAGGAUGAUGACCUCUGGAUAGCGCUGCGCCACAAGCACAUCGCGGAGGUGUCCCAGGAAGUCACCCGUUCUCUGAAGGAUUUUUCUUCCAGCAAGAGAAUGAAUACUGGAGAGAAGACCACCAUGCGGGACCUGUCCCAGAUGCUGAAGAAGAUGCCCCAGUACCAGAAAGAGCUCAGCAAGUAUUCGACCCACCUGCACCUUGCCGAGGACUGCAUGAAGCACUACCAAGGCACCGUGGAUAAACUGUGCCGGGUGGAACAGGACCUGGCCAUGGGCACCGAUGCUGAAGGGGAGAAGAUCAAGGACCCCAUGCGAGCCAUCGUCCCCAUCCUACUGGACGCGAACGUCAGCACCUACGACAAAAUCCGCAUCAUCCUUCUCUACAUCUUUUUGAAGAAUGGCAUCACCGAGGAGAACCUGAACAAGCUGAUCCAGCACGCCCAGAUCCCGCCGGAGGACAGCGACAUCAUCACCAACAUGGCCCACCUCGGGGUGCCCAUCGUCACGGAUUCCACGCUGCGUCGCAGGAGCAAACCGGAGCGGAAGGAGCGCAUCAGCGAGCAGACCUACCAGCUCUCACGAUGGACCCCGAUCAUCAAAGACAUCAUGGAGGACACUAUUGAAGACAAACUUGAUACCAAGCACUACCCUUAUAUCUCUACCCGCUCCUCUGCCUCUUUUAGCACCACUGCCGUCAGCGCCCGCUACGGGCACUGGCAUAAGAAUAAGGCCCCCGGGGAGUACCGCAGUGGUCCCCGCCUCAUCAUCUUCAUCCUGGGGGGCGUGAGCCUGAAUGAGAUGCGCUGUGCUUACGAGGUGACCCAAGCCAACGGAAAGUGGGAAGUGCUCAUAGGAUCCACGCACAUUCUCACCCCACAGAAACUGCUGGACACGCUGAAGAAACUGAAUAAAACAGAUGAAGAAAUAAGCAGUUAAAAAAUAAGCCGCCCCUCCACAAAAAGAACCCUCUCCCCGAAGUGCUCGCAGCCCUGACCGCCGACCGCCUCGUUUCCUUUGCUGCCCCCCUCUCCCUCCAUCGCCUGCCCCAGCUCUGCACGCCCGCCGGCACUGUCGCCGCUGCGUUCUCGUGUUUGGUGAUGCCCUCUUCUCGUUUGAAACAAAAUUAUGCAUUGUGUUUUUUAAAAAGAGUACCUUCUAGAUGUAUCCUGGAGGAGACGUUGGGUGUGAGGGACACGCUGCUGGAGGGUUCCUGGAACUGUUUGGGACGAAUGGACACCUCCUCCCCGUCAGUCAUGAUUUUAUGACCUUGUACAUAAUCCAGCGUGACAUGUGCACAUUGCUUGCGUAUGGGAAGGUCGACAUUUGGGUGUUUUAUUUUAAAACCCGUUUGGGGUUGUUCCUGUUCUUGUUGGGAAUCACUGAGAUGUCCGUUCUUGGAGUAUUUCAAACUGAGGAUGAGUCUGUCAUCUUCAUGCCAGUUCAUACCCCUCGGCACCGGCUCUCAUCCAGGUUAACUUGGAAGUGAAGCUCAGGUGACAUCUCGAGAGGUUUGAGCUGGAGUCGACCUCUGCUCUCCCCAGGGGCUCGUUCCCCUCAUCUCCCAGGGCUGGGGCUGGGGGCGUCCACGGGAAGUCAGGCUGGGUGCCUGCCUCGGCUCCCUCCCUGACCACGGUCUGUCACUGCCCCCAGAAGAGUGAGGAGCAAGCUCCCACCGGGGACCUGGGUCUCUUGGAUAAGCCGUUAGACCUGGUCCUUCAGACCAGACCCCAUCCUUCCCCAGGUAUCACCCCAACAGAGCUCCUCUUUCUCAGCGGGGUCAGCCUGGGGAGAGCCCCAGGGUCAGAAAGAACCAGAACAGAAUGGGUUCCGCAGGCUCCUGGUCAGAGGUCCCUUCCUGUAGAGCAUGGUCUGUGCCCUAAGACUUCAAACCACCUAAGAGCAGCCUGCUGGAUUUAUCCAGACCCCGAGACCCCUCAAAUUAUCCUCCGUUUAAGAUACUUCAUAGUACUUUAUUUUGUGUAGUGUGGGGUCAUAUGUCGUCGUGCUUGUAAGAGAAAACGAUUGCUUUAUUCUCUGUAUGAAAACAUAGCUGUAUAAACCUUAGCUCUGAUGCAGAAAUUAAAGAAGCAAAUGCAGGAAGGAUGUCUCGUCGUCCUCAGGACUCAGCAGCUCGUUCUCCCGAAGGGAGCGCACUAUUUUUUCUGCUGCUGUUGUGAAAUAUAAUGACAGUGGAAGUCACAAAAAUGUCCCACUCCCUCCCCCCCCAGCCCCUUUAGCCCCUGCAGACCGUGUGUGUAUAUUACUGUCUCGUGGCAUCGUCCUUGCAAAUGUGGUGUGUGCUAGUUCGCCGCCGCCCCUGCCUCCCUUUCAGAAUAUACUUCUCACCCGCCCCGUUAGAUGCAUCAUGGAGUUCUCUUCUCAAGGCUUUGAAAUCCCCCCUUUGCACUCAGAUUAGUUUUCAGGUCUGUCUCCCUUCCCUUAUGAGAUCUUAUUUCCUUAGGAUAGACUUAGGGACCUGCCUUGGUUUGUUUCUUCCUGUUACUGCUUGUUUUGUCCCCUGCCCUUGACCAAACAAUGCUCAUGCUUCAGGACCUCGUUUGUCCAACAUGUUGGUUUUCCUUUUUCUGUUAUUUAUAUAAAAAUAAUUUAUCAAAAGGAUAUUUAAAAAAAAAAAAGCUAGUCUGUCUUGAAACUUGUUUACUUUGAAAUUAUCAGAAUCUCAGUGUUUGAAAGUAUUGAAGCACAAACAUGUAUCAUCUCUGUACCGUUCUGUACGAAGGCACUCAAGUCUAAUAAAUAAAGGAAUC